ACAUCUAUCCGUUAAUCCAGUCUUCCCUGUCUUUCUCUCUCCUCUCCCCUCUCUCUCUCUCUCUUCUCUGCAAUUUCUCCAUUGAAGAGGAGGAGAAAGGUUGAUAAAAAGGAAAAAUAAUAAUAAUAAAUAAAAAGAGGGAUUGAAAUGGGAAAGCUCUAUUGUGAUUCAACGGCGGUAGCGGAGACAUUGCAAGCAUCAUCAUCACCGGCCGGCCAUUGGCGAGACCCGAAUUCUUCUUCUCUCCAAGCUGUUGAUCUUGUUGACCAGUCGGCUGCCACUACCGCCACCAUCGCUGUUAAAGAUUCUUGGGAUGACGUAAUUGGCCUUGAGGACCAACAGAGGCGGCGUCUACAAAGGCUGCAUGCAAGGGGUGUGCUAUGGAAGCGCCCCGGAGAUCAAGAUUCCUCUCCGGUCGUUUUCCGGCUCUCCCAUGGUGGCGAGGUGUCGUCGGACGGGAAUUGUCUGUUCACUGCGUCUCAGAGGGCGUUGGCGUGUGGUAUCGACGCGCGGGAGCUCCGGCGGAGGACUGUGCACCGGUUCACAGAAGAUUUUGGAUCGGCGAGCGAGCAGGACAAAGGCGUGAUUAAUGAGGUGAUUGGGCAUAUGUACUCGCCGGAUCUGAAGAAUGGAUGGGGAGUCCACGUGGUACAGGAGGUGAAGCUCCUGGCCAAGAAGGACGAUCGUCUUGCCCUAGAUUCGGCCAUCGACGAGCUCGUCCAGCUUGGGAUGCAAAGAGAAUUGGCCGCGGAGUCUAUUUACAAAGAGAGAUGUAGUCCAGUGACAGAUGGCUUCAGUUGGGCGAAAUACAUGUUGAUCUCCGGUUCACUUGAUGAUGAACAUGAUAUCAUCUCUUUGCAGUAUACUGAGGAUGGUUUAUUAUCCGUAGAUGAGAAUAGAGAAGGCCAUGCUGCAGCUUUUGGAGAUGAUAUAGCUAUUGAGUGUCUUGCUACAGAAUUCAAGCGAGAGAUUUAUGUGGUGCAAGCCCAUGGGUCUGAUGCAAUGGUUGAUGAAGAAAAUUGUGUUUUCUUUCUCCCUCAUCGUCCAAGGAGUGAAAUUUGCGAGCCUCCUUUCUUUCUAUUUAUGAAAGGAACAGGUUGGUGUGGUGCUGGAGCUGAUCACUAUGAGCCUUUGAUUGCCCAUCCUUCAGCCCUCAUCUCCCAAGAGAAGGUUGCUGCCGUACUUUGAGGGAAUUAGUUCUACAGUUUUGCGGCUUAGAAAGCUGAAUAGGAGGAGUAGUUCUAUUUUUUUUGACUUUUCAAUGUUUGGCAUGCAAUCUUGUUCUCCAUUUGAGAAUUACAUGCUAUCAUUGCAUAGCAUUCUUUUUAUUCAUCUUAGAGGUUUGGUCAUCUUUCGACUCUUUUGCAAGGUCUUGUCCCCGCAGCUUGAGCAUAACCUGUAGUAUUUGUAGUAGAGUUUUGCCGGCUUUUCUUGUUGUUUUCUGUUCAGUUCUGUGAGGGUGAUUGCAAUUUGGCUGGGGCACCAUUAUGUCGAAGCUGGAAUGGUUGCCAUUCUGUUGUACUUUAUGCUUGGAUCAAUCAAUUCAAUGGUAGAUUCCUUUAGUUUUUGG